AUCGAAAAGACAAAUGGGGGGUUGGUUUCUGGGUUUUGAAUCACAUAUUCACAUACAGGCUGAAAACAGAACCCAUUUAGUCCUUUGUUUUGAACCCAGUAGAUUUUUGGUUCAUCUUUUCAAAAUUUAUGAGAAGUCUCACUCUGUCUCAGCGUCGUGUUUUCUGUUUGCUUUAUAAGCAGAGUUUCUAGGCUGUUUUGCAAUUAAUGUGUUUUGGAAGUAUCUUUCAUGUUUUUGCCUUUUUCUGCUUAGGCAUUUGUCAACAUCCGAUGUUGGUAUAUGCUGUAAUAAAUGCUGCUUCAGAGUGAAUAUUUUUUUUUUUUUUUUUUCCUAGCAGUGGGGGUUGUAUUGAAUUUUUGAUGUUAUUAUGCACGAAAAAAGGUGGCGGGAUUCUGGUUUGAAGCAAUCCAGGUUCAUGGAAGUAGGAGUCUGCAGACACAAGCGUUCUAUGAGCGAUCCAGUUAAAAGAAAACCAGAGAAACACAAACUGGAUAUAAUCCUUGAAGCUCCUUACCAACUUGAAAUGGAAAUGGGAAGAGUGGAUGGCUUUGCUGAAGCAUGGGAGAGACAACCCACUCAAACCAGUGCCCAAAGUUCUUUAAAUCAGGAGAUUCUGAAGCUUCAGAAACAAUUACAAGAUCAGUUUGCGGUGCGUCAUGCAAUGGAGAAGGCAUUGAGUUAUAGGCCACUAUCACAUGAUGCUACAAUUGAUAACUCAGUCCCAAAGCCUACUAAGGAACUCAUCAAGGAAGUUGCGGUAUUAGAACUGGAAAUAGUCUAUUUGGAAAGACAUCUUCUCUCUUUGUACCGGAAAACAUUUUAUGAACAAAUGUCAUCUGUAUCUGCCAUGGAUGGAAGAUCGAGUUCAGCAAUAGUCACACAGAAGGAAUUAUCCAUAGUUGCUCCUGGACAAUAUAUUAUGCCGGACAAAGAAAAGUCAGUCAUCCAAUCUAGUAAUCAUGUCUAUCCUCAAAAUUCACUUGCCAACCGACUGAAGGAAUGCAAUGACAUAUGGGAGCCACAAAAACUGCUAGAUUCAAGCAUUCACCGCAGCCACUCCUCCCUAUCUCAACGUUCGGCCUGCUCAAUUAGAACUUCUCCUCCAAGGAAAUCUUUAAAUAAAGUUGUUGAUUCAUACCACUCUUUACCUUUGUCAAUGCUAGAGCAAGCUCAGAGUGCAACUCCAAAUCCAAAUCUAGAGGAGCAUUUAGAUACCUAUUUGACAGAUAAUAUUCCAGAGACACCAAACUGCCUUUCUGAGGAGAUGAUUAAGUGUAUCUCAGUCAUCUAUUGUGAACUGGCAGACCCACCUUUGAUCAAUCAAGAUUACACUUCAUCUCCUGUUGCAUUUUCAUCAUCAUUGUAUGAGGUUUCUUCACAAGGUCAGCAUGAAAAGUGGAGCUCACGAAGCAGGAAACUACCGUUUUUCAAUUUAAAUGUUAACCCUUUUCACUUUGAAGGGUCGGAAGAACUCAGUGGACCUUACUGCAGAAUGCUAAAGGUGCAUUUGAUCUGCAGAGAUACUGAGAAAUUAGAAGUUGUUGAACAGACGCUACAAAAAUUUAGGUCACUUGUCUGUCGGUUGGAAGAACUUGAUCUCAGAAAGAUGAAACAUGAAGAGAAGUUGGCGUUUUGGAUUAAUGUCCAUAAUGCACUCGUAAUGCAUGCAUAUUUGGUAUAUGGGAUUCCUCAAAAUAAUCUUAAAAGAGUUUCUUUGCUACUCAAGGCUGCAUAUAACGUGGGAGGUCAUACCAUAAGUGUAGACAUGAUACAAAACUCUAUUCUAGGAUGUCGUUUGCCUCGUCCUGGACAAUGGCUGCGGCUGCUAUUUUCAUCAAAAACUAAAUUCAAGGUUGGAGAUGCACGAAAAGCCUACGCAAUUGAGCAUCCUGAACCUCUCCUACAUUUUGCACUCUGCUCAGGAAUCCAGUCUGAUCCAGCGGUCCGUAUAUAUACACCCAAAAGAGUGUUUGAGGAGCUGGAAACAGCAAAAGAAGAGUAUAUUCAGUCCACCCUUAUAUUGCAUAAAGAACAGAAAAUUCUUCUUCCAAAGAUUGUGGAGUGUUUUGCAAAGGAUUCAGGUAUGUGCUCGGUUGGUUUGGCAGAGAUGAUUGAGCGAUUAAUGCCUGAUUAUAGAAGGAAGAGCAUUCAGCAGUGUCAACACAAGAAAAACUGGAAGGGCAUCGAGUGGAUUCCUCACAACUUUACGUUCCAGUAUCUGCUUUCAAAAGAAGUAGCUUGGUAAUAUCAAUCUUACAUUGAUAGACAAAGAAGGUGCUGCUCAAGGCUGUGAUGGGACUCAUGAGUUUUUUCAGUUAGCUUCACAUGCGUUUUGAUCCCCUUGCUUAUGUUUUGCUGAGAGAUUAAACAUGAGAGUUCAGAAUGACAGAUGAAUCACAACUAGGCUUCCUCAUAAUAUGUAAUGCUGAAACUGAUAUAGUCAAAUAUUAAGAGUACUUUGCAGCAGAAUGAUGAUCAAACAGGCUCAAGAUGGUUGGGUUUCAGUCAUGUAGUUUGCUCUUGUAAUCUCUUGAGCUUGUAUGAUCACUAGUCUAGUAAUCUUGAUGGCAUGGUUGUGAUUCUACUGUCAUUCAGAGUCAUUUUCUGAACAUAUAUAUAUAUAUAUAAAUAUAUAUUUUUAAUGUCUUCUUCAUGUAUAAACAACUAGUAAAGCAAGAGUAAUAGGUUGAUAGAACGGCUGUAUGCAGCUGGUAUAAUUUUAGGUUUGUCUGGUCUCGUUUUUGCGAUGUGAGCACAUUAUUAAAUGUGUGUUGUCUGCAGGGUAUUUUUUUUCCUUCGAUCAAGCUAUACAUAUCAAAUCAGAACAAUAAACUAGGCAAAAUAUAUAUCAUGUAUUAUUA